AUGGGCAAGAUUGCAAAGAUUGAAUACUUUCGUGUCCCACCACGCUGGCUAUUCGUCAAGAUCACGGAUGCAGAUGGGAAUUUUGGUUGGGGUGAAGCAUCACUGGAAGGCCACACGCAAGCAGUCGAAGGGUGCUUGGACGCUUGGGCUGAGCGAUAUGUUGGCUUGGAAGCAGAUGAAAUUGAACACAUAUGGCAGAUGUGCUGGCGAACCAGUUUCUACCGUGGCGGACCAGUUUUCAUGAGCGCACUAGCAGGCAUUGACAUCGCAUUAUGGGAUCUGAAAGCGAGAAAGCUCAACGUGCCAAUUUAUCAGAUAUUGGGCGGCAAGGUGCGCGACAGACUCAAGGUAUAUGCCUGGAUUGGCGGAGAUAGACCAAACGAUGUCAAGGAGCAAGCUCUAGCACGCAAAGCUCAAGGAUUCCGCGCCGUGAAGAUGAACGCAACGGAAGAUAUAGGCUGGCUCGACUCGCCUUCAACCCUGCAAUCGGCCGUCGACCGUCUCAAAACCGUCAAAGAGCUCGGGAUGGACGCUGGCAUGGACUUCCACGGCCGCAUCCACAAACCCAUGGCCAAGCAACUCACCCGCGCCCUGGAACCACACCACCCACUUUUCAUCGAAGAACCUCUACUUUCUGAACACAUCGGCGGCAUUAAGUCUUUGCACGAGCUAACCUCCAUCCCCAUCGCAUUGGGAGAACGUCUCCACUCACGCUGGGAUGUACGGCCCUUCUUGGAAGCCGGUUGCGUUGAUAUUCUGCAACCUGACAUCUCACACAUUGGCGGUAUUUCAGAAAUGCGACGUAUAGCCUCCGCAGCCGAGACUUAUGACGUCGCCAUCGCACCACAUUGCCCGCUGGGUCCUAUUGCGCUUGCCGCAUGUGUUCAAGUAGAUUGCACACUGCCUAAUUUCGCGAUUCAAGAAAUGAGUUUGGGGAUCCAUUACAAUGCUGGGAGUCAGGACCUCACAUCUUACACAAAGAAUCCGGAGGUCUGGGAUGUGAAGGAUGGGUAUAUUGAGUUGAUGAAGGGACCAGGUCUGGGAAUUGAGGUUGAUGAGGAGAUGAUUAGACGGGAGAGUAAGGAUGCAAAGGCUUGGAUCAGUCCAGGGUUCAUUGGGCCGGGAGGCGAGAUCAGGGAGUGGUAG